CGCCAUGUUCCUCUGACUGCUCUGUCGCUGUGUCACGUUGUCUUGUGUAGUUGAGGCUCCGUUGUCCAAGGUAACUUGACUAAACUCUGACAUAUUCGCGCAUGCCAAUGGCCAGGUUCUUCUGUCAACAAACGCAGUGACUUCUCGGCUCUAUGCUGUGCCACGAUGCACCACUGAGGUACUGUACAACCACCUCUGCAUGUACUUCUUUUCCCCUCUAUGAUGCUCGAGUGAGAAUAUGAUUCCUCUAUGUUGAGGGAGAAGACUGUCACAGGCAAAUCACAAGCUCAACCACUGUCGCUAUUGCGUGUUUGGCUGCGCCGCUUCGCCAGGAGAAUGCCACUCUGCUGCAAGCCGCCCGCCACCAGCUGCAGUCGGUCGAUGUUAGUUGCGUCGUGAGGGUGUAGAGGCUCAAUUUUUUUUUUUUUAGGUUUUCCGCUCUCGAAGGUUCCGGAGCAUUUUGCAAACUGCAAUAUCGUGGAGCUUUGCCUGAUGUGAUAAUCAAUUCUAUGUUGCUGUUGUAUCUCUACUCCCAGUUUCUUCCAUUGUGCAGUACACGUAACUGUUCUGUGGUCUAUGACUCUCUAGAUAUCAUUGAUUCGUACAUCUCAGAGCUAAAACUACGGCAUGUGGGAGAAAUGCUUCAACUUUCCACGACGACAAUGGAGCAGUUUUUAAACAUAUAUGCUCGGUUGAGUAGUCUAACUUACUUGUUGGGCCUUCUUCUGCUUUUGACAUGCGUGUUCGUCAUCUAUUAAGCGUCAUGGCCUUCCUACUAUGGCUUUGAGUUUUUCGCGAAUGCAGAGCUAAUCGACGUGAAACACUCGGUCGCGAUCUUAGUCGAGAUAAUGGGGCAGAGCCGCAAAACAAACCUUUUACGGACGAACCCGAUCGAGGCUUUUUGACUACAUAGGUCCGACUGGCCACGAAAUCUCUGUUUUGAUUACUUGAUGAGAUGCAAUUCUUGCAAACAGAUGAAAUUCUGGGGUACAAUCUUCAGAUGAGAUGCUGAUCUAGGGUAGGCAAAUCGGUAUAGCGCUUCAGAGCUGACCACUCAUGGUCUUCAGCUGUCGCAGGUGGCACCGCAGGAUGGCCCAAGCUCCCUAGCUCCUAUGCCAUCGCCUAAGUCGGAUGCGUCUCUGAUCCUAGAGAUACGCAUCAUCAGCCUUGUCAAAUACAAUAUCAACAUUCACAACAAACAUCGAUAUAUGCACACUGAGCCUCACAACGCUGUUUCAAUACCCGCGACUCAAUAACUGAGCCUGGUGCUCUCUAUAAUAUCUUCAUUUUACCUGCCGAUGUGACUAGUUGACCGAAAGGUCCCUUCCGGCGCCUCCGGCUUCGACCGUACUCAGCCUGUCGAUAUGGUCGCGGUAUCAGGCUUUCGGAGUCUCUCGACUCCUGUGAAUCGAACUCGACGUCUUCCCAUGAUACUCGGAGGCGGUGCAUUCUUCAUCAUGUGCAUCAUAUACCUCCUUCUCUCCAUUGCACCUUGUAUGGUGUAUGGGAAUUGCUACCGUGGUUAUUCAAGUGCUUACAGCUUCGAUGCUGACUUGGCUCACAACCCGACCUGGAUGGCCGAUAUCCCCGACGAUGUAUUCCUCUCGAGCCUGAGUAUACCGGGUACACAUGACACAAUGACCUACGAGAUAGGAAGCGAGGUUCUGCAGUGUCAGAAUUGGAACCUGACUACCCAACUGGAAGCAGGUAUUCGCUACUUCGACAUCCGCGCUCGUGUACGUGAUGACGAGUUGCAUAUUUACCAUGCCAAUGGCUACACGGGAUUCAGCUUUGAAGAUGUGGUUGGCUAUAUGAACGACUUCCUGGACAGGAACCCUUCUGAGACGAUCAUCAUGCGCCUCAAGCAGGAGGGUAACGGCAUAGGAGACAACAACACUCUGUCAUUCGAAGCCGCCUUCAACAAAUACCCACUCGGGGACCGACUGUACAACUACAGCGCUUCUGACCCUCUGCCAACUCUUGGUAGUCUUCGCUCCAAGAUCUUUGUUCUUCAAAACUUCCCAGCUUGGCGAGGAGGACCAUAUGGCUUGAAGUGGGAAGGCCAUCAAAUGAUAUUAGAAGAUAUAUGGAUCAUUCCUGAUAUCUACCAUCUGUCGGAGAAGUGGACUGCGAUCCGUGAUGCUCUCGAACUCGCUGCAACAGCACCUCUCGACAACAAGGUCCUCUAUUUGGCUCACAUUUCAGCCUCUGUUGGUGUCUUGCCCAUCGAGGCUGCGGCUGGGCCCAUGAACCGAACUGUCACUGGUAUGAACGACAUGACUGGCCAGUGGAUUAAGGAUUUUGAAGAUAACGAAGACACUACCCGAACUGGAAUCGUCAUCAUCGAUUUCCCCGGCAAGAAGUUCAUUGAUGCCAUUCUUCGAUGGAACAAGUCAUAUACAAAGAAGCAGGCAUAAGCCCAGGCCGAUCAUUGGUUGUGCUCAAGCCCUCGCCUGGGACUAAGGCCUCAUGUCUUGAUACACUGGACACACCAAAGCCCGGUCGUCGGUUAUUAUCAAGCUUUCUCAUCUGAGACUCUGACGUCUCACCUCUCUCUCACUCAUGGAAUCGAUACCCCACAGCAUUGUGUACCCUAGCUAGCUCUCUAAAUUACAAUCGUCAGCGUGGCUGAACAAAUAUCACUUGACGGCAAAUAAAAAUUAUGCCAGAUGAAAAAAUAAGCAUAUUCAAAUGAGGAUUAUCCAAUUUUACUCCCCGUAGAUCAAUUCCUCAUCAUGCCCCUGCGUCUGGCGUGGAUACUGUGGCGUCCGGAUGCGUUUCACCAGGGCGAGUUGACUGAGUCAAAGAGAAAAGAUCGUCAGGGACAGAAACACCAGAAAUCAAGGCAGAGACUGUAUAACGAAACAAAAGUACAGUACAUAAAGUACGUAAAGCACACGCACACGCACACGCACACGCUUUCGGUCUGCGUCCACCCUGUCUCGAUUUCUGUCAAUCAAUCGCUGACUGUUCCGAACCCGGUGCGCGUUUCUGGCACACCUUGAGAUGUGUGAAUAUAUUGUUCUGUGCGUAUUUGGCUACGACGUUGAGACCGAGAUCGACACAAUGUGAUUGUGAAGUUGGGAUGUUGAUGGAGUAACAUGGUCAAGAUGAGAUUGCUCUCAUGGUCAUAGGUCGAGUGAACGAAUGAUCUGAUAUGCAUCUGAAAUUACACACGUUGGUUACCCGGUAUUGAAGGAUCAACUAAACGAGGUGAGAACUAUGGGUUAUUACUCUCUGUCUUCAAGGCCAGACUGAGAUAGAAGCUGAAGUUCUUAGCCAAUACGUGUGACUGUAGGACAAGUAAGUAACUGAAUCUCACAGCUCUAGAACUGUCAAUGUUGAGUGAUGACAUUCGAACGUAGAGUUUAUAUCUCCACCCAACUUGUCAUCUACAGUAAAGUAUACGGCACUGAGUAGGAAGAGUACGUAAAUCUGAAGAUCUU